GCAGAAUUUAUAACCACGCACGCCAUGUCCAGACGAAGCGAAGGUCGAGACAGCUCGCGGCGGGAACGGAGGGAGUACAGUCGCAGCAGGAGCCCUUCUCGAGGUCAACGACGUAGUCGCAGUCGUGAUUCGUCCAAGCGACGCCGAUAUGAUAAUGACGAUUUCGAUCGGAACAGACCUACACGUGACGUUGAAGGCAGUUGGAGGGAUCAACCGCGACUCGACCAAGAUAGCGAGUACCAUCGAUCGAACCACCAUCAGUCAACGCAAAAUAGGGGUGAUUCACGCGAAGGCAGCUAUUCCGGCGAUCGUCGUGAUGGAAGUCACUCAAACGACCGGCGAGACGGAAGCUACUCGCAUGACCGACGUGAAGGAAACUAUCCAAACGACCGACGUGAAGGAAGCUAUUCAAAUGAUCGACGAGAAGGAAGCUACCCACACGACCGCGACGAUACGUCGGCGAGGCCACCCCAAGUUCUCGAAAUUGAGCCUACUUCUACGUUGAUGAUCAAGGGAUUGCCGUUUUCGACGACGAACACAGAGCUCAUGGACGCUUUGAGUUCAUUUCAUCCGACGGGCGGUCGAAUCAUCGUGAAUAAGGUGACGGGGGAGAGCCGAGGCUUUGCAUUCGUUGAAUUCGGAUCCGUUGAAGAUGCCAAAUACGUUGUUCAGUUUUUUGCCAAGCAGCCGUUGACUUUUCAAGGACGAGUGGCCGCCAUAGGGUAUGCCGAGCCGAUUCAGCGCAGCCAUGGUGGGGGCCACCCCCCGCGAUGCGACUGGCUUUGCCCUAUGUGCAAUGCAUCGAACUUCGCCAAACGAAUGGAGUGCUACAAAUGUGGAGCGCCAAAGAGCGAAUACGCCGUUGAGGUCCCGCGGCAGUCGCCCGACCCCAUGGCUGCCCAUCCGUCUUGCAUCUUGGCCGUUCGAUCGCUUCCGUUGGAAGCUCAAGAGGAAGACUUGACGCACAUGUUCAUGCCGUACCCUGGAGUGAAAGGCAUUCGACUUGUGCGCGAUCGCAUCACGAAUGCGCCACGUGGGUUUGGCUUUGUCGAGUUUGCAUCGGUCGAACACGCCACUGCAGCCUUACUCGCCAUUGGGAGUGAAUUCUACUACGCGAACGCACUCGUCCGGCUCUCGUAUUCGAAUGAAAUGGUCGCUCCUCGCGUGCUGGGUCCAAAUGCCCAGGCGCUGGCUCACUCGGCCGUUGAAGCCGCCCAGUGGUCACUGUCCAAUCCCUACCAGAAUACGUCCGAUUUGGAUGUGAAUGCCUUGCUUGCUUCCGCAGCGGCGGCAGUGCCCACGACACCACAAGUUCCCAAGAAGGACUUUCCGUUGUCGUUCGAAGAAGCUGGCGGGUCCUUUGUCUUUGUCAGCGAAAAUGGCUUGUACUACCACUCGGACAGCAUGUUCUUUUACGACCCAACCUCGAAAGUGUACUACAACAGCUUCUUGGGCACCUAUCACGUGAUCGAUCCUACGACCAAGAACUCGUUUCUCCCCUAUCAAGUGCCGCUUCCGGUCGACGAUGCCGUCGGGGCGUCCGAUCCACCCAAGAAAGACGCAUCGAAACACGGCUCGAAGAAGAAAGCCACCGCGAUUUCGUUUGGCAUCAAACCGACGACUGCGAAACCGACUCCCGCCGCCGCGACGCCGCUCGUUGGCACCCACGCGGCAGUACCUGUCGCCGUCAAGAAGAAGCAUGCAGAUGAAAUUGCAAAAUGGUCCCAACAACAAAAGGCCUCCACGACCGAUACGCCAGCGCCACAGCCACCUGCCCAGCCAAUAUCUGCACCCGUUUCGGACGGCCAACCCACGAUUUGUCUUCUCUGUCGGCGCAAGUUCAACUCGGCCGCACAGCUGCGUAAACAUGAGCAGCUCUCGGACUUGCACAAGCAGAAUCUCGCCAAGGCGAAGCAAACACAGCAGUCGUUGCGCGUUCGCGAGUCACCGAAGGAAGCGCUCCUUCCUCGAGUUGAAGAACCAGCCAUGGAAGCAGUGGAAGUUGCACGCGUCGACAAGCCCUUGGACGACCAGUCCAACAUUGGAGGCAAAAUGCUCAAGAUGAUGGGAUGGAAGAGCGGCGAAGGGCUCGGUAAAGCUGGGUCUGGAAUCACCGCGCCGGUGGCAGCCGUUGGGAAGACGUCGGGAGACACGUCCGGUCUCGGUGGCGGAACGCUGGCGCCGAACCCGGGAGGCCAAGCUGCUUCGAAACGUGAUAAAAUCAACCAAAUCACCCGAGCUCGGUUUGACGGGCUAAAAGAUUAGAAAUGACGGACAGAGAUGGUCGGGGAUAUAUAAAGUUGUUGGUCACUCCAGAUGAAUUUCAACUGCGUGAAUGCUCCUCGCGCUCACUUCUUCGAC